UAUUGAAAUCUUAUUGGUAGUGAUGCAAUUUGCAAUUCUAAUAUUCCUAUCAAAGCGUGAAAAUUAAUUUUAUUAAACAUGUCGCACAAAACUUUAAUAGAUUUCGUAGUGAAAUACCACACGCCGCGGUUAUUAAACAACAUAGUAUUCUUUCCGAGCAAUGGAAAUUCAUAUUUUGGAAGACGUCUGGUUGUCCCUGCGAAAACGGUAGCUUCACCUGCGGUAUCUCCAAGGAACUUCAGCACAACUAGCACCAAGUUCACAGACGUACAAGCCGCCGAACAGAUACAGAUACAAGGCAAAUUCCAAUUAAUGUAUACCUGCAAAAAAUGUAACACCAGAAGCACAAAGUUCAUCACAAAACUUGCCUACUACAAGGGAGUCGUGAUCGUGAAUUGUGAUGGUUGUGAGCAUAGGCACCUGAUUGCUGAUAACUUAAAUUGGUUCAGUGAUAUGAAUGGAAAGAAAAAUAUAGAAGAUAUCAUGGCGGAGAAGGGAGAAACGGUGCAGAAGAUUUUGUCAGAAGAUCUUGAGUUUAUUGCAACCGAAAUGGUCAAGAAUACAGAUAAAUCUGACGCUGAAGAGUUAGCCACAUUACCAAAACCGUGAAGAGAAGUGCAAUCUCUAGUUUAUUUAUUAAUUCCAAAAUUUUCUUCCAAU